CGACCACAGCAGGGGGCAGAGAGUUCCAGUCGUUCAGUACUCAUUAAGCAGCAUACAUAUGAAUAUCGGAUGGGGUGAUCGCCAAGCAUCAUUUCAUUAGAUGGAAGGAAGCUGAAAUGGCUGGAAGCAGAACAGACAGAAUUUACCGUUCCAUCCUUCUUACAAAGUUCUUCACAAAAGGAUGGGGCAAGCCAGAGAGCCUCAAGAGGCUCUUCCAGUUCCGCAAGGUCAUGAGUGACCGAGAGAAGUGCAUGCAGCUGGUGGAUCGGGAUCAUCCUGUGACGAUAACAAAGGAGCUGCGCUAUCAGGAGUACACGCUACUGGAGGGCCAGUUCCAGUCGCCGUUCAGCCGCCACUGCCCCGACCUGCUGCCGGAGGUGGCUGAACCGGCAUACUUCCAGGCGGUGCUGCCCAACCAGUGGCCGACCCGACUGCGACCCACCGUCUUACAUCUGGCCGGCACCGGUGACCAUUUUUUCUGGAAGAGGCGGAGUUUGUUGGCGCGGCCUUUGCUCAGGGAUGGCAUUGGCUCCAUAAUCCUGGAAAACCCGUAUUAUGGCCUCCGGAAGCCGGCUGAGCAAGUCCGUUCGUGCCUGCGCAGCGUCUCCGACCUGUUUGUGAUGGGUGGUUGUCUGAUGCUCGAGUCGAUGGCGCUGCUCCACUGGGCAGAGCGCAGCGGUCUCGGACCACUCGGCAUCACAGGCAUCUCUAUGGGCGGACACAUGGCGUCCUUGGCGGCCUCCGUGUGGCACAAGCCGAUACCGUUGGUCCCGUGUCUCUCCUGGACCUCAGCGUCGGCCGUCUUCACCAGCGGAGUGUUGAGUAACGCCAUCAACUGGGAGCUGCUGGAGCGGCAAUACGUCUCCGACACCGUCUACCGCAACGAACUGCUCAAGAUGAUUCAGGAGAUCGGCUGC